CUCGUGGGCGGAAGGACUCAACGACUCCCUGGCCGCCACCGUGACGGGCUUCCUCAUGGGCAACGUGACGGACGAGGGCAUCGCGGCCGAGAACGUGACGGCGGCCGAGAGGAUCGUCUACUGCAAGGAGUGGACGGGCGCCACGCUCACGCUCUUCCAGGUGGCCAACUUCUUCUGUCUGCUGGCCUUCCUAGUCCCUCACAACUUCCGGCUGUCGGCGCUGGUGAUGCGAGCGGUCCUGAGCGUCGGGAUCCUCCUGUUCGCGCUGUGGGCGGCCCUGGAUAUCUGCGCGGCCGACAUCUUCGCCUGGAACCUGAGCUUCCUCGUGGUCAACGCGGCCCACGUCCUGCACCUGACGUACACAGUGUGGCCGCCUCGGGUGCACCAGGACCUCGCCGACCUCUACGCCAAGGUCUUUAAGCCCCUCAGGGUGAACCGGCAGAACUUCAGCGCGCUGGUCAAGGAGGCGACGCUGAUGAGGCUGGAGGUGGGCGACACGUACGCGGUGGAGGACGCGACGGCGGCCGACGAGCGCCUCUCGAUUCUGCUGUCGGGCAAGCUGAGAGUGAGCUGCGACAACACCCACUUGCACAACAUUCUGCCGACGCAUUUCAUCGACUCGCCCGAGUGGGAGGCCUGCGCCGACGACUCCGACGAACUCUUUCAGGUGACCAUCGUGGCUGAGGAGCCGAGUGAGUACCUGUGCUGGUCGCGGCCCCGCCUGCGACACGUGCUGCACCUGCGGCCCUUCCUCCGCGCCGUCAUGCACAACCUUAUAGGUAAGCAAUGGUAUGCCUAUCCUAGGAGAGCGGCUCCUCUGACGCGUGCCCCGCCUUCUCCUCCAGGUAAGGACAUUACCACCAAGCUGUACUCGCAGCACGAACAGCUGGGCGUGGACGGCAGCGGCGAGGCGGUAGGCGCGCGGGCGGGUGCGGGCGGCCUUGGAGCAGAGGACGUCUGGCGGGGCGCCGUGCAGCGCUCCAUGAGUGUCGACAACGUCCACACCGGUACUAAGGGCUUCGUCAGGUCCUUAGCAUGGCGCACCUCUCACAGACGCACCUCAGGGCCGUACAGCGAGAGUGUCCGUAAGUACUUAGGGAACGAAUCGCACCUUGGAGACAACAUCCUUAAGGAUAAUGUCCUGCAUUCAAAUCUGAAACAGGAAACACAUUACGUGCGGUCAGUUGACGUUUCUGUGGAACUGUGUGAGAUUAGCCAUCCAUCAAAGAACCCACUUCAUGUUUUAGGUCAGGUUUCAUGGUGGAUGCAGUCAUAG